AUGGAAAGCCCACCUAAGUCCACUAGUAGAUCCGCUCUUGAGUACGAUCAUGAAGAUGAAAAUCGGGUGGAUAUAACAGUGAUUAAGGCAACAAAGAAGAUCACAGAAGAUGUCAAUGCCGAGAAGUUUGAAGACAUACAGAAAUGUGAAUAUGCUGAUAUUGUUCUUCUUGACUGCUUUGUCCUGGCACUAUUCUAUGCAAUUGGUGUCUUUAUGGAAGUUAAACACACAAAGCAUAAGGAACAUGUCAUAGGCGAUGCAACUGUGGAAGUCGGAACUUGGAUUUUUUCGGGUCUUGCAUAUACCCUAAUUGCUUUCACAAAGACGUCGUAUAUUCCUGUGUACAUCAUGUUCCAUGGUCAACAAUCAAAGGUUAAGCCCUGCAUGUUGAUAGGGUGA